GACAUUUUGAAAAAUGGGGUUCAUAUUCAUACAUCUUUUUAAAAAAAUAAUUAAGGUAACAUGAAACCACAAUAAAAAGAAUAUUUUGUAAGCUAAUUAUCAAUCUAUGAAGAAUACAAUGUAUAAAUAAAUUUUUCUUUUAUUCAAACAUUACACAAUAAUUGAAUUGAUUUCAAAUUUACCACCAUCACAACCACCACCACCACCACCGCGACCACCAACAACAACAAGAACAACAAAAAAACAAACAAAGUAAAAGAAUAAUGAAUACACCAUCAGGGAUAAACUAUUUAAAAAAUGGCAAUAAUUUUUUAAACUCUAUUUAUGGUUCAACAAAUCAUUCUUUCAUUCAUUCAGAUCAAACAAUAAUUGAUUCUUAUAUGAAACCAAAUAGUCCAUCAAAAUCUGUUCAUCAUUUUUAUGAUUUUCAUGAAUUUAAUAAUCCUAAAGGAUAUUUUAAUGUUUCUAAUAAUUAUCUAUUAAAUAAUAAUAAUAAUAAUUCAAUUGAACAUAGAAAUUCCUUAACAUCCAUGGUUAAAAAUGUAAUAAUGAAUGUACCAAAUGAUAAUUUAUGCCUUUUAACAACCAAUGAGGAUAAUCAAUUAAAAAAUAAUAUUAAUAAAUGGGAAAUUGAUUGUAAUUAUAAUUUAAAGGAUUAUCAUAAUAAAACUGAUUCAAUAUACAAUUAUAAAACAACAAUAACCAAUGAUCAUAUCGGUCAAUCUAGAAGAAAAUCAAGGAAACCUUAUUCAAGAAAUCAAAUAAUGAUAUUAGAAAAAGAAUAUGCAUUAAUGCCAUAUGUUACUCGUCAAAGAAGGUGGGAAAUUUCCAAUAAAUUACAAUUAAGUGAAAGACAAGUAAAAGUAUGGUUUCAAAAUCGUAGAAUGAAAACAAAAAAAUCGAAAACUCUAUCAUAUUCCAACGAUGAAAAAACUUUACAACAAAAUGAUGACAAUAGUAAAAUUAAUUUUAGUGAACUACAAUAUUCAACAUUAUUUGAUAAACAAAAAUUUAUCAGAACAGCUAAUCAAUGGAAUGAUAAUAUUUCUACGAAUUCUGUUACAUCAUGUAUCCUUGAUUAUGAUUCUUUUGUUAAUAUGACUUAAAAAUAUAAUUGAAUUUAACAACAAAAACAACAACGACAACAACAAAAUCACCUUCAGAAUUAUUAUUGUUCCUGAUGGUGAUUAUGAUAAACACACCAAGAUCAUCACGUUGAAACCAGUGACUAUUAACAAACUAAAGAAAAAAUAGUCCAAUAAACCACUGAACAUUUAAUUCAAAAAAUUAUUCAACUUUAAAACUUCAAUUUAUUUCUUUACAUUCUUGUAAUUACGUAAUAAAUAACAAAAUACUUUAGUCUCUUGAUACAAUACAACAAUGAAAACACGAAUAGAUUAUAAAAUUGUACACCAUUGUUCAUUAUUUGUAAUGAUAAUAGUAGUUUAAAAGAAAACAUAACAAGAAUGAAAAUUUUCCAUGGAAAUUCAAAGUGGUAUCAUUAAAGUGAAUUCACUAUGUCUGUUCAGCUAUUGGAGUUCAAAUUACUCGUCUAUUGUAAUGUAAAAGAAAGCAUUUGAGAUCCAUAGCAAUUCAUUACUGACCAAAUAUUUCAGAUGAUGAAUUCUCUAAAUAUAUAAUAACAAUAAUAAUAAUAAUAUUAUUAUUAUUAUGAACCAGUUGAUAGUAUUGCUUGUGUACUAAACAGUUCUCAAUUUCUAAGUGAGAAACAAUGUUGCUUUAUACUUAUUUUUUUGAAUAAUAAAUAUAAUACAAACAUACUGAAUAAUAAUG